AUGUUGGCGGUGAGCACUCUACGCUAUGCCUAUGAGCAGCGAACUCUCCGCUACAUGCCGCUGAUGACUGCUGUAGAGCACCACCGUGGUAGCGACCCUCAGUUGAGGAGUUCGCCAGAUAUUGAAGAGUCCGACGGCGGCGAAGUUACGCAAUACGCCAAGGGAGGUCCUGAGGUGUCAAAGCUUGACCACGAAAACACUCACGACGACGCCGUCGCUGAAGGAAUUCAAGACUCAAGUUUGCUUCCCCGAAGCGGUGAGCCUGGAAGCAAAGGUGGCCUCAAGGGUUGGAUUAGCAGCAAGCUUUCCGGAGGCAGCAAAGUGGAGAAACACGAAGGCGAAAUGCUCAAAAGCGAUCAAGAACACUCUGGUUCAGGAAAUUCAGGAGAAGGAUAUGGCACUUAUGGUAGUGACGUUGAUGCCAUGGAUGAGCCCGCCACCGACUCUGGAGCAGCUGUUCGCUCUGUCAGCGAAGGGCCCGUCCCUUCGUUCAGCAUGCAGCCACUGAUUAAGGAGCCUGAGCGUCCGCACACAGGCGACUCGCAAGACUCGCAAGACUCGCAGGGCCUUUGA